UGAAGGAAACAAUCAGUCUGAUGUCAUGAACAGCAACAAAGCCACCUUCACUGGCCCGCUAGAAGGAAACAGUCGUCAGUCUGAUGUUAUGAACAUCUAUCAAGCUGGCUCAGCGUAUCGACAGACGGGAAAGCUUAAAUGUCACACCGGUGUAAAUCAGGGAAUGGCAGUAGUACUGCCUGACGAAGCAGAAGUAUCAGGUAUCAGGCAGGUGAAUCAACAGAUACAGGCACAUUCACACGCAGAAUAUAAUAAAACAACAAUGAUUGGAACCCACAAUACCAUCAUAUAUAGGGAAAAUGAAGAAGUUCGAGAUGUAAUUUCAGAAUCAGAUGAUCGCAGGACUUAUGAACAUCGAGAACAGACUGAUACUCUCAAAAAGGCUAUAGACAAAAAGGGAUCAGAAACACAGGAAAUUGUCCAUUCCUCAGGUCAAGAGUGCGUUUCACAGGUACAGGAAUCAAUGUCAGUAGGUGAAAACAAAUCAGAUUUGAAUGCAGCCCAAAUAAAACAACAAACUGUGGUAUUACAUCAGAUAUCGGACGAAAACACUGAACAUUGUGUCAAAAUGGCUAUGAAAGAAGUCGUAGACACUCAUCGCCAAGAGACUACUGCCGCUACGACACAGUUAAAAACAGACGUCAAAGGUACAGAACAGACAAUCAUUAAUACUUUGAACAAGGUGAUGCUAAUACUUGACAAACAGUCACUGACAAUCGGUAAACUAUCACAGCAACUUGACGAACAGUCACGGACGUCAGCUGUACAGACGAUAAAAAUCGGUGAACUGUCACACAAAGUUGAUGACCAGACACAGAAACUUGACAAACAGUCACGGACGUUAGCUGAACAGUCGAUGAAAAUCGGUGAACUGUCACACAAAGUUGAUGACCAGACACAGAAACUUGACAAACAGUCACGGACGUUAGCUGAACAGUCGAUGAAAAUCGGUGAACUGUCACACAAAGUUGAUGACCAGACACAGAAACUUGACAAACAGUCACGGACGUUAGCUGAACAGUCGAUGAAAAUCGGUGAACUGUCACACAAAGUUGAUGACCAGACACAGAAACUUGACAAACAGUCACGGACGUUAGCUGAACAGUCGAUGAAAAUCGGUGAACUGUCACACAAAGUUGAUGACCAGACACAGAAACUUGACAAACAGUCACGGACGUUAGCUGAACAGUCGAUGAAAAUCGGUGAACUGUCACACAAAGUUGAUGACCAGACACAGAAACUUGACAAACAGUCACGGACGUUAGCUGAACAGUCGAUGAAAAUCGGUGAACUGUCACACAAAGUUGAUAACCAGACACAGAAAUUUGACAAACAGUCACGGACGUUAGCUGAACAGUCGAUAAAAAUCGGUGAACUAUCACAGAAAGUUGUUAAACAGUCAUUGACAAUAAACAAACAGUUGAAGAAACUUGAUAAACAGUCAGAGACGUUAGGUAAACAGUCAAUGAAAAUAGACAAAUUGUCACAGAAUGCUGAAGAGCAAUCCAAUACAAUUUCGGAACUAUCACAGGAAGUUGAAUCAGCCUCACUUGGAAAUAAAAAAUUGCGAAAGGCAGUUUAUACUAGUCGGCGUUAUUCUAAGAAUUGGAAACAAGAAAUCAUGGAAUGUUUAUAUGCAAAUAACCAAGCAAGAAAUGAUGACAUAGAAAACAAUUUGCCCGUUAUGCAAUAUGAUAGAAGACGAAGAAGAGACAACUGGCGUUAGAUAGCACAUAUAUUUAUGUGACUUAUAUUUUUUCACUAUUGCAGUGAUAAUAUUCUUUUCGUAUAUGUAUUAGCUUAUACAUGAACCAUACAUGGUGUAUUUUAAGGGUUUUGUCAUCUUGAAAGAAUUAUUUGAAUUCGCAAUUUUUUACAGCAAAUAAAUUGUCCCUGCAUUAAGCGACGGGUAGAUAGAUAUGUGUUAUUUGUCUGCGGUACUCGGUCAUGUCUUAUCGAUCGCAAUUAUUCCACAUUGAUGUCAUUAUCAGUCAAACAUUUCUUUCUUUUGCAUUGUUUGCCAAAUGUGAGUACUUCAUAGUCACGCUUGGUAUAGGGUCGUCAUGCGCUAUAGAAACGUUUCAUUGGGCAACUGUUAACUUUGUACAUGCUUUUUGUAUCAAAACUGUAAAUAAAUAUA